AUGGCUGGAUUUCGUCUUCUCGAAGUAAUUCACUUCUUCUUACCAAUUUUACCGGAAAUUGAAACCCCAACUGAUAAACUCAGUUUAGAUGAAAAAAUCAUCUUCACCAUUGGAAGUGGGUUAAUCUUUUUAAUUUCCCAAUUACCUUUGUUUGGAUUGGUUUCUGAUGCCCAAUUGAAAAUUAACGAUCCUUUCAUUCCAAUUAGAUCCAUAUUUGCUUUAGAAAAAGGUACUUUGUUAGAAUUGGGUUUAUUACCCGUUAUAACUAGUGCCUUUAUUUGGCAAAUUGCUGCUGGCUCAAGAUUUUUAAAAGUUAACUUGAGCUACCGUAUCGAUCGUGAAUUAUACCAAACUGGUCAAAAAUUAACUGCUUUUAUCUUAGCCAUCGCUUUCGGCACUGGUUUAAUCUUGUCUGGUUACUAUGAUGACGUUAUUCAUGGUUACAAUCCUUUGGAUUCUUCUAGUGCUAAACCACUCUGGACCUACGCUUUAAUCUUUGGCCAAAUUGUUGGCUGGAAUUGGUUGGUCACUUUAUUGGUUGAAAUCUUUGAUAAAGGCUAUGGUUUCGGUAGUGGGGUCUUAUGUUUUGUCACUUUACAAGUUGCUACCAACUUAAUUAGAGAUAUCGUUGGUUUGGAAAUCGUUGCUUUACCAAACUCAAAUAAAACCGAAAGUUUCGGUGCUGUUACUAACUUUGUUAAAAAUUUAUACCCAUUAAAUUUUUCAAACAUUUCUGCUAAUUUCUUAAAUUCUUUUAACCGUUUAUCCUUACCUAAUUUAACUCAAUUCUAUAUUAGUUUGGCUACUAUUUUGGUCACUAUUGGCUUACAAAACUUUAGAACUGAAUUACCAAUUAGAUCAACCAAAGUUAGAGGUAUGAAUAAUGUUUUCCCAAUUAGAUUGUUAUACACUGGUGCUUUACCAAUUUUCUUUGCUUUCGCAGUCAUUGCUAAUAUUCAAAUCGCUGGUUUCUUCUUAGUUAAAUUAUUAUCCAUUUACAGUCCAUUUGCUGCUUCAAUCUUGGGUUCUUAUCAACGUGAUUCUAAAUCAGCUACCUUAAAUUUAAGUAAUGGUAUUUUAUUCUACUUAUCUCCUCCUUCUUCUUUGGUUCAAGCUGCUUUAUCUCCAAUUAGAGUCGUCACUUACUCUGCCACUAUCAUCUUAUUAUCUUGUUGGUUUGCUCAAUUCUGGUCUAAAAUUUCUGGUUCUGCUCCAAAAGAUAUCGCUAAACAAUUUAAAGAUCAAGGUAUCUCAAUUGCUGGUAAAAGAGACGUUUCUGUUGCUAAAGAAUUAUCCCGUGUCAUUCCUGUUGCCUCAGUAAGUGGUGCUUUUGUCUUGGCUGCUUUAGCUAUCGCUUCUGAAAUCUUUGGUGGUUUUGGUAAAGGUGUUGGUGCUAUAGUUGGUGUUUCUUCUGCUUUUGGUGUUUUAGAAGAAUUCAUGCUCGAAUGGCAACAAUCCGGUGGUGCCUCCCAAUUCCAAAACGCUUUUGGUGGUGCUCAAUAACUUUUUUGAAAAAGUUUACCAAACAGCUUUUUGUAAUGUAGUUGUAUAUUCCAAUAAUUGUCUUUUAUGUUUGUUUUAUUACCGGCUGAUUUAUUUUUCUAUCAUUAUUUUUCAUUAGGAAUUCAUAUCAAAUCAUGAGUAUUUAUUCUCGAAAAAGCUAAGGUACAUUCAUUUAUCUUUUACUAGGAC